CUCACUCUGCGAGACGGAUCGGCCGAGAAUCGCCAGUUGUCAGUCGAUCGAAAUGGCAACGAACGAAAGCACGCCGCUGCUUCCUGGCCGCAAGGCUUCGGCCUCGGUCGAUCAGAAGAAGAGCUUCGGGGAUGCGCUGAGAAGCUUCUUCACCAGUGUCGAGAACCGUAUCUUGGCGGCAGGAUUCCUUAUCUGCGUCGCGUUCAGCUUCACUCAAGUUCCAAUGAUGUAUGUCUUUCAUCUUAUGGUAUGCGACGAGUUCUACGACCAUCAUCCACCGUUUGAAGGCCCCGGCCCACGGUGCAGCCGCGAUGAGAUCGCAGCUGGAACGGCUACUCAAUUCAGCAUUCUGGGCAUGAGCACGACACUAUGCGGUACCCUCAAUCUAUUCGUUGCUGGAUGGACUGUCAAAAAGAUUGGCCCUCGCUCCGCUCUGAUCAUCCAGACCCUCGUGCCCGCCAUUCGAGUCCUUGCGCAAAUCUUCGGCGUCAUUGCCGGCAAGCGGACUGGCAUCCUGAUCAUCCAGGCUACUCAGCUCAUCACAAUCAUCGGAGGGCCGGCGGGAUACAUUCUCAUCACCAACAUUUUCGUGAGCGAAACUGUUGAGCAGUCUCGACGCACAGCCGUCUUCGGGAAGCUGCAGGGAAGCAUCAUGCUGGGACAGAGCGUCGGCUACUUGAUUGGCGGAAUGCUCGGAGAUGCCAUCGAUAUCCGCGCUCCCUUUGAAGUUGCUUUCGUCACCUUUCUCCUCUCGUGUACUUACGUGCAUUUUGCCCUGCCGUAUAUUUCACCGGAAUCCAUGAGCAACAAGAAGAAGCCUGGUCCGCAGGGCAUUGCAAGCUUCUUCGCCCCUCUCAAAAUUCUCGUACCACAGCGAUUGCGCACGUCCAAAGGCAGUAUCAAGAAGCAUUAUGGAGUUACUAUUCUCUGUGCCGGCAUCUUUCUUGGAGUGCUGGCCACCGACUAUGCCCCCCUAUUGAUGCAAAUGUAUGCCACGGCGGCUUUCGACUUUGACCAGUCUGACAACGGAUGGCUCAUGUUCGAGUUCGCCUUCAUGCGCAGCGUAUUCCUCAUCCUUCUCUUUCCACGAAUCAUCAGCUUCGGCCGCCACCUGAUGAAGCGUAAUUCCAGCCCAUCACCCGCGGAGAGUGACGCUUCAUCCAUUUCAACAGCGGAUGAGCGGAUGCCAACUGAACCUGGCGACUUCGAUGCUGCUACUGGCGAGCAGACGGAUAUCGAGCCCACUCAACCCGUGCCUUUGGGGCAUCAUCACGAAGUCGGCCACUUCGACCUCAUCUUCCUGCGAUGGAGUCUAGUCGUUGACGGCGCACUCACCACCAUCGUCGCAUUUGCCACCAAACGAUGGCACAUUUAUCUUGCCGCCUUCCUCCUCCCCUUCGGCUCAGGUUCUGCACCAGCAGCAAAAGGAGUCAUCACAGACAUGUGUUCAGAGUCUCAUCGCGCAGACGCCCUCAACGCUGUGACGCUCGUGGAAAACAUUGCCCGACUGACAACACAGGGACUGUUCGGAUUCGUCUUCUCGAGUCUGGCGAGUGUCGGCAAAUCGUAUGCGACGUUUUACUGCAACGCUGCAAUCGCCGUAGUCGGGAUGACCGUGCUGCUAUUCUCCAAUUUCCCCCCCGCUGGGAGCACGUUGAUUGACGAAGAAAGCGAAGAAGCGAAUGACAGUUAG